AAUGGAAUUGAAAAUCCAAAAUGAGAAAAUGAUAACAAAAAAGUCCUUAAACCCCUCUCUUCCACAGCUUCCAUCCACCUCCCAUUGUUCCCAAACUUGGCACAUAUCCAUUCCCAAAUCUCUUCCUUCCCCAAAAGGGAUUCUUCACAUUUACAAACCGAAGAGAAGGAAAAAUAAAAGAGUUGGUAUCUUAAAGCUCUUUAAUAACCUUCUCUUAGAAUAAAAUAAAAUAAAAUAAAAUAUCAUGCAUUAUUACCCCAUGGCUUUCCCUAUCCUAUUCCUUCUCUUCAUUGCCCUUCCAUUUUCCACAGCGAAACUCAACGUAGACUACUACAAAACAACGUGUCCUAACUUCCAAAAAAUCGUUAAUGAAAACAUUUACAACAAACAAUCCGCAAGCCCCGCAACUGCACCAGGAAUCCUCCGUCUCUUCUUCCACGAUUGCAUAACGGACGGAUGCGAUGCAUCCAUCCUGAUCUCAUCAACGGCCUACAAUCCCCACGCAGAACGCGAUGCGGAUCUCAACCUCUCCCUCUCCGGAGACGCAUUCGACGUUAUAGUUAAAAUAAAAAACGAACUGGAACUAACAUGUCCCGGCGUCGUUUCGUGUUCCGAUAUCGUGGCACAGUCGACGAGAGACCUUGUUAAAAUGGUUGGUGGUCCUUAUUAUCCGGUGAGGUUAGGUAGAAAAGAUAGUCUUGUUUCAGAUGGUUCAAGAACUGAAGCAAAUCUUCCUAAAACAGACAUGAACAUGGAUGCUAUCAUAAGCAAAUUUACAGCAAAAAAUUUCACUGUUAAAGAAAUGGUUGCAUUAACUGGUGCACACACCAUAGGUUUCACACAUUGUAAAGAAUUCAGCAACAGAAUAUUCAAUUUCAGUAGUACAUCUGAGAUUGAUCCUACAAUGCACCCUAAAUUGGCUGCAGGGUUAAGAGAUGUUUGUAAAAAUUACACUUCUGACCCUUCCAUGGCUGCAUUUAAUGAUGUUAGGUCACCAGGGAAAUUUGAUAAUGCUUAUUUUCAAAAUGUGUUGAAGGGUUUGGGAUUAUUGACAACUGAUUAUCUUUUGGGUGUGGAUCCAAGGACAAGGCCACUUGUGGAACUUUAUGCUAAAGAUGAACAAGCUUUUUUUAAUGAUUUUGCUAAGGCUAUGGAGAAACUUUCUGUUUUUGGUGUCAAGACUGGUCAAAAGGGUGAAGUGAGGAGCAGGUGUGAUCAAUUUAAUCAUAUUCCUGCUUAAUUACUGGAAUCAUUCAUUCAUUUCACCAAAAUUGUCAUUUUUAUAUAUAAUUAAUAUAUAUCUAGAGAGCCAUGGGUAUAUAUUGUCCUUAUUAUCAAAAGAAAAUUGAGACAACUUAUUACCU